AGCUCCCCGCCCCCUCCCUCCACUUCUCAGACAUGCUAUUAGUUGAUGUAGAAUUGCAGAGAAACUACGCGCAGGCAAUGGCUACGUGCCUUUGGGCACUGACUUAAUUCAGAGAUUUUGGAACUAAAAUAGCUGCCAACCGCACCACGUCCAAUCAGCAGCAGCGCCGCUUAUCUCUUGGGUCCUCACUAGCCCUCCCGUGGGCCCGCGUGGGCCUGCUUCCCCGCGUUCCAGGGGAAGCCGUGACCCAUGCUGGGCCCGAUUUCGCCCCUUCUUCAGCCCAUUUCCUGUCAAUGUCAAGGUGCGUCAUGUCCAUCACUUCUUCAUCCAUUAUCACAUGCUACUCCGCCCACGUGGUUCGACUACUAUUUCCGGCCUCUAGGAAUCAUGAGAUGUCCUGCCGAAUCCAAAGCCAACCCCGGGUCCUCGAAGGCAUUGGAACGAGGCAGCCAGAGGACGAGGACUGGUUGCUGGGCAUGCCGUGGCCGAGGUGUGAAAUGUGAUGAGGCGAGGCCAACAUGCCAGAAAUGCACCAAGCGUGGCCUGUCUUGCCAGUACGGGAUCCGCCUGCAGUGGGUGGAGGACUCUGUUGCUCGAGGCAUCUGCCACGGGCGGGAAGGCGUGUGGUCAGGAACUCACUCCAAGACAGAGGCAGCACCUGCAGAACGACAAAGCCAGAGUCAGCAUGCUGACAAGAGCCGGACUCCUGUCAAGACCUUGUCAACAUCAUUGUGUUCCCGGCCUUCCCAACCAGUCACCUUCUUCCUCAACACCAGCACGAGACAUAUCUCCAAGUUUCUCGUCAAUGAGUAUUCCGACUGCGACGCGAAUGGUGUCGAUGUGCCGGCUGCGGAAGGCUCGGAAGCCCACAAGGACAAUAAUUUCUCGCCAGAAGAGCUUUUCAACUACCCAUGCGUUGCACAUUCACCAGACCGAGCAUUGCGACACAGAAUAUCUACCUCGCAACGCAAGAAAACUUGGCCAAACAUGACGCCAGCUGCGCCACUGAAUUUGACUGGGCUGGCUCAUCCUGUCGACGAGAUGGACUGCCACAUACUACAGUACUACAAUCAAGUCGUAUGCGCGAAAGCUAGCCUGGUGGACGACGAGCAUCACAACCAUUUCCGUUAUGUCUUUAUGCCGAUGACGGCCUUUUCGGAGAGCACCUUGUCUGCAGUCCUGAGUGUAGCCGCGACAAAACUCUCCCUCACCGAUCCAAGAUAUCGUCGAAAGGCUCUCCUUCACCGACAACGAGUGCUAGCCGGCCUGGGGCAGCUCUUGCAGUCUAUAUUCGAGGACUCAACGAGAUGGCUUGAGGCACUGGCAUGCACGAUGAUCCUCUGCUGGUGUGAUAUUGCUGAUUACUGUCGUCCUACAUGGAUCAGCCACCUAAAAGGUGUUGCUGGCAUACUCGAUGCCAGAUCUGACUAUGAUACACGCGACGGGUAUGCCUCACGACUGAUACAAUUUUGUCGGCAGUAUCUAGUCUAUCAUCUUGUCAUGGCCAAGGCAACAUUCAGAAUCGACAAAUUCAUAUCCAACUCCGAUCGCACAUUGUCCAAACACCUCCUUGCCGACUCCUGGCCACGAGAAGUCGAUACUCGAUGUCAAUCGUCGAGCACUAAUAGCGAUGCAUUGAGCAUGGACGAGGAAAACAUAUUGAUGCAAUUGUUCUCAGGGUAUGAAGUCGACGCUCUUACCGAUUCAGUUGCUGCUGAGGACAUUAUAUCACACGACGACACCGCGGCAUCGGACUAUAUUGAGUGCUUCCAAGGCUUCAGCAACUCUCUUCUUCUCCUCAUCAACGAGAUUUGUGAUCUCUCAAAUGGCUCUGAAUCCAGGGAGAUGGAUCAUGUCGCGAGUAUUGUUGAAAGAAUACGCAGCAAUCUUGAGUCUCUGAUACAGCUGGCUCCUGGUCAGAGUUACGACGCAUACCUAGCACAGGCCAACAAUGAGAGCUUCCACGGAAAGGGGAGCCUUGAUAGCCGGUUGGAGGUCAUCCUGGCCACGGCAGAAGCGAACAGGCUCGCCGCACUGUUGCUUCUCGAAGAUACAUGCGCUCUCCGCUUUCCAGAGUUGAAAUCGCCAGGUACCACAAGCCGAGAAGAGUACAUUGAGAAAAUCAUCUCCACAGUUGAGAUGAUCUGCGACAAGGAACAAGUAACAGCAGCACUACCUAUCUGGCCUAUAUUCAUAGCUGGCUGCUCCAUCGUCUCCGAGGAGGGUCGGUUGCGGGUGUUGAGCAUCCUGGAGAAAUUCCAGGUUCCGCGGGUUUUCGGGAGCAUUCCACCGGCCUGUGCCGUGAUCGAGCAUGUCUGGCGUUGCCACGAUCUAAAACAAGACGAGAACCCACGGAGCAGCAGUGCAAACCUCUCAAACCCUUCCAUGAUUCAACCUCCAAAACUUCCGGGCCGUAAACGGAGGCAGAAACGACAUCAAGCAGAGCCAGUUAAGGCUUGCACCGUGGAAUCGUAUCCUUGGGAACGGCCAAUGUUUAUGCUUGGUGGCUUUCUUCUUAGCUUGACCUAAAGCAUCACGACGAAAUGUUAGUUACGAUAACCAGAAAACUAUAGAUUUGGGCAUUUGCAAAGCAUGUAGGGCGCAGGAGCUUUUGUUUGAAUAGCAAUAGCGGGUAGCCAGGAAUAACCGUAGGCAGUAUUUGUAUCAUGCAAAAGAAAGACUAUUUGCCAAUGAGGUUCUUGCGCCUGAGUCCUGGUUUCCAGUUGAACAAGAUAGAUUCCAGAAAGAAAUCAACCCAACCGUACUAUGCAUGAGCGUGUUAUUCUAAUUGCUACUCUUCCAAGCUCG